UUAUCUUCCGCCGACAAGAUAUCUCGGAAAAUGUAGCUUGCUUGAUGGUACAUUACUCUCUACUUUCUUUCAGAACAACCAUAGUCUUUCACUUUUAUAGCAGUGGAAAUACUGAACAUCAUCCAUCACAGUUCAGAUAUGGGACUCUUCUUUGACAGCAUCUUCGUGGAAGUGCUUUGUGCUAUCGUACUGGGCUAUUGGAUGCUCUAUUUGUAUUUCGCCAAGGAUUAUGGCUACUGGGAGCGCAAAAAUAUCACUCACAUCCCCGCUGUCUUUCCGUUUGGGUCCGACUUUAAGGUAAUGCUUGGCUGGACCUUCCUCGGUAUCUCGCUGGACAGGAUGUACAGGGAGCACGGAGACCAGCGGUUUGUAGGAUUCACAAUCGUAAGGAAACCUUGGCUGAUGAUCAGAGAUCCUGACUUCUGUAGGUCGGUACUGCAAAAGGAUUUUCCCCACUUCAUGGACCGUUCGGGCGCGUACACCCAUCCUAAGGACUACAUGAUGAAUCACCUGUUCAUGCUGAAGGGGCAGGAGUGGAAGGACACCAGAAUGAAGUUGACUCCGGCCUACACGGCGGUCAAGCUGAAAGCUAUGUUCUUCUUGGUGAAGAGCUGCAGUAAGAAUUUGCACGAUGUUAUUGACCAGUCUGCGAAGUCAAAUGUCGCGGUUGACGUCAAAGACGUAAUGUCCCGUUACGCAACGGAUGUCGUAGCGACUUGCGCUUUCGGCCUGAAAAUAGACUCGCUUUCAAACAAAGAGUCGAGGUUUUAUAAAGCGGGCCGGAAGGCGAACGAAGUAGGAGUUUUAGUGUUACUGAAAGUCUACCUUAUCCACGCUUUCCCGAUAUUUUCAAAGCUCCACUGCUUCGACUUCAUGGAUUCUAAGAUCAAAAACUUUAUAACCGGCGUUGUCCGCAAGACAAUCGAGUACAGGGAGAAGUACAACGUCAGCAGCUUGGACUUUCUUGACAUGCUGAUAAAACUUAGGCAGAAUGGCAACAUCUUGGACGAGGGCGAACCGUCUUCCAAACAAAGAAACGUCAACCAGAAAAGUCAAGGGAUGACAAUUGAAGAAAUCACAGCGGAAACUUUCAUGUUCUUCAAAACUGGUUACGAGACAACCUCGAACACCAUCAUGUUCUGCCUGUACGAGUUGGCGUGUAACAGCAGGAUACAGGACACGCUCUUUUCGGAGGUAGAAGAGGUCCUGGACAGACAUGCGAGUGAAAUCUCCUACCAGGCUCUGCAGGAGAUGACAUACAUGGAUCAGGUCAUAAAUGAGGCCCUGCGCUGCUAUCCAGUUUUCCCUCAUCUGUCCCGGGUCUGCACCCAGGACUACAGAGUUCCGGAUUCAACUCUGGAGAUAGACAAAGGGGUGAGUGUGGUGAUCCCCGUGUACUCUCUGCACCACGACCCCAAGUACUUCCCAGACCCCUACACCUUCGACCCUGACAGGUUCAGCCCUGAGAACUGCAAGGGGCGACACCCCUACGUGUACCUGCCUUUCGGCGAGGGGCCUAGGAUGUGUAUAGGACUAAGAUUUGGACUGAUGAAGAUCAAGACGGCUCUGGCCACACUGGUCUCGGACUACCAGAUCAGUCUCACACCGGAAACGGAAGUUCCUCUGCAGUUCAAGAGCAACUCUUUUACAACACUACCGUCCACAACUCUAAAGCUAAUAUUCUCCAAGCGUAAACAAAAAGUUUGAAGUUGUUUAUUCUAUCAGUAUUAUUAACUCAUAUCUAUUGCUCACUGCAUAACAGAUUUGUUAAACAAUACUUCAAAGAAAGUAAAGAAGAAUUGUAUACAUUUUCUAUCGUAUCGCUUUUAUUUCAUUAUAAACAACAGUGUUCUUGCCUAUCAGUAUUCAUUAAUUGCCAAAUAUUUUAAAUAAAAAUUAAAUAUGGAAAUUGUUUUCAUCCAUUGACAUCAAUUAAAACAAUUACGCAGCUUGAGAAAUAAAAGUUACAACUUGUUGAUUAUGACAUGUUUAUAAUUAUUCUAUCAGUUUUCAACUCAACUUCUCAGGAUUUGCACUUCUAGUACGAGUGAAUUAUAUUUUCCACGUCAAUGUCGUGUUUGACUUGUUGCCAGAAUCAAGAAAAUAUAUAUAAAAGUGCAUAUA